AGUGAGGCCGCGGCGGCGGGGACGGGAGCCUUCCGGGCGAGACGGCCGCGGGGCGGGGCGGGGCGCUGGGCCGCGGGGAGGAAGGGCAUGGCCAGCGUGCCGCAGCUGCUGGACGACCUGUGCGAGGCCCUGCUGCCGGCCGCGGACGCUCAGCCGGGCCCGCGCCGCGGCGGCCGGCCCCGGGCCAAGCGCAGCCUCAAGCGGGCGGCCUACGACGCGCUCUUCUCGCACCUGUUCCGGGAGGAGACCCGCAGGGCGCGGCCCGGCCUGCCGAGGCUCCCGGUGAAGAACAGGGUCCUCAUGCUGUCCUUCGACCUGAGGGUGGCCGGGCUGGGCGCCGAGGCCGACCGCCUGGAGCGGCUGCUGGCGGAGCUGGAGGCGGCGCCGAGCGGGCGGCUGGCGGAGGCGGGACCGGUGCUGGAGCUCCUGGUGCGGCUGGCGGGCAGCGGGCCCCCCCGGGCACUGCGGCGGCCGCGGGACUACUUCCUGCACAGCCAGCACGUCGGCAGGCACGUGCCCUACGGCGGCUACGACUGCUCCGACCUGAGCGCGUUCGAGAUGGCUGUGCGCUCGUUGAUCUGCGGGGAGGAGUGCUUGUGCCAGGACGCGGUCCGCGGGGCGCUGCAGGUGAUGGAGGCGGCCCCGGGCGCCGGCCUGCCCGCCGCGGGGUCGGGGCUCUUCUCCUACGGCGAUCCCUGCGGGGACAGGUUUGAGAGAGACACCCGGGUCUCCCUCUUCGGGGCCCUCGUGCACAGCCGCACCUACGACAUGGAUGUCCGGCUGGACCUGCCGCCGGUGCCCGACAGCGCUGACGUCUCCGGGCUGCCCAUCAAGGUUCCUCAGAGUGUGGACCAGUCUGAUGAUGAAGGGUUCCAGUCAGCCUCUAAUUUGACUCCUGACUCCCAGUCUGAACCCGGCGUGACUCCGGACAUCGACCUGUGGGAUGCCGUGCUCACCUACGAGGCCAGCAAGCGGAGGUGCUGGGAACAGGUUGGAUGCCCCCCCGGCCACAGAGAGGAGCCCUACCUCACGGAGGCCGGCAGGGACACCUUCGACAGGUUCUGCAGGCUCUGCCGAGGGGAGCUGCAGAUGCUCGGCGGGGGCCUGCUGCAGGUCCCGCAGCCUGUGCUGGUGAAGGAGUGCGAGCUAGUGAAAGACGUGCUGAACGUCCUGAUUGGGGUCGUGUCCACCACGUUUUCCCUCUGCCAGCCAGCCCAGACCUUCAUGGUGAAGCGGGGUGUCCAUGUAUCCGGGGCAUCCCCCGAGAGCAUCAGCAGCCUCCUGUCAGAGGUGGCCGAGUGUGGGACACACUACGCGCGCCUGAGCCAGUUCUCUCUGCAGCCUGUGCUGGACUCCUCGUGCGGCAAGGGCCUCGUCUUCCAGGCCUUCACCAGCGGCCUGAGGAAGUACCUGCAGUACUAUCGUGCGUGCGUCCUCUCCACUCCACCCACCCUGAGCCUCCUCACCAUCGGCUUCCUCUUUAAGAAGCUGGGCCGGCAGCUCAGGUACUUGGCUGAGCUCUGUGGUGUCGGCGCUGUGCUCCCAGGUGCCGGCGGUGAACCCAGGGCUGCGUUCCCCACCGGCGUGAAGCUGCUCUCCUACCUCUACCAAGAAGCCCUGGAUAAUUGCAGCAACGAGCACUACCCCGUGCUUCUGUCCCUGCUGAAGACCAGCUGCGAGCCCUAUACCAGGUUCAUCCACGACUGGGUGUACAGUGGGGUCUUCAGAGACGCUUACGGCGAAUUCAUGAUCCAGGUGAACCACGAGUACCUGGGCUUCAGAGACAAGUUCUACUGGACCCACGGCUACGUGCUCAUUUCCAAGGAGGUGGAGGACUGCGUCCCCGUGUUCUUGAAGCACAUCGCCCACGACGUGUAUGUCUGCGGGAAGACCAUCAAUUUGCUGAAGCUCUGCUGUCCCCGGCAUUACCUCUACUGGUCCGACGUCCCUGUGCCUCGGAUCUCGGUCAUCUUCUCCCCCGAGGAGCUGAAAGAGGUCGAGAGGGACUGCGCCAUCUACGUGGGGCGGAUGGAGAGGGUGGCGCGCCACAGCUCCAUCAGCAAGGAAGAGAAGGAGUUACGAAUGGAAAUUGCAAAACAAGAACUGAUCGUGCACGCCCGUGAAGCGGCAUCCAGGGUCUUGCGAGCGCUCAGUGAUCGGCAGACGUCCGAGCGCGUGGCCUUGGACGCCCGGAAGCGAGAGCAGUUCCAGAGGCUGAAGGAGCAAUUUGUGAAGGACCAGGAGCGGCGCCGGGCGGCCAGGCAGGAGGCGUUGGAUGACGACUUCGGCCACUCACGAGAACUCCGUGACAGGGAGCGGAGGCUGAGGGCCCUGGAGGAGCAGCUGGAGAGGAAGGCGAGGCAGGCGCUGGUGGACCAUUAUAGUAAGUUGUCAGCGGAAGCAGCUCGUCGAGAGCAGAAGGCCCUGUGGAGAAUCCAGCGGAACAGGUUGGCAAGCACACGGCUUCGCUUCCUCGUGGAGGACCAGAAGCGCGUUCAGGAGAUGCUGAAGGACGUGUCCAAGGGGAAGCCCCUGGCUGUCAUCCCUAGUGUGGGCUCCCAGGCUCUGUCUCCAGGACUCGCGCACCCUACUGGGGGUGGCCGCUCUGACUCUGGGUACGUGGUGCAGCAGCACGUAGCUGAGUGGGACAGCCCGAGCGCACAGACACCGCAGCUCCUCAAACCUCUAGCAGCAGGGACCCAUGGCUUGGGGCCGGGAGCUGACCCAGGGCCGUUCCCCGAGGGCCUCAGCAUCCAAGACUUCCUACCCACAGCGGGGGAGGCCGAGCAGCCUGUGCCCACAGGUGUGGCCUCUGUCCUGGAGGAGGCGCUGCAAACCAUUGGCUCAGACCUGCCUCCCUCGGCCCCAUCCGAAGUGGUGGGCACAGAUCCCCCUGGGCCACAGGAGUACGACUUCAGAACCAUCCUGAGGCCUGCUGUAGUGCCCUUGGCUUCCCCGGGGUCUGUCCAGACCGUGGGAGGAGGCUUGAGCGAUGAGGGGCCGCAGCUGUGGGGGGACAGUGUCCUGUCGCCAGAGAACACAGGCGUCCCAGAUAGGCAGGUGGCUCUGCCUCACCCACACCUCCCUGGGCACAAAUCCCCCCAGGAGGGGAGAAGCCAGGCCAUGGGGCAGGUCCUUGGGCAUGUGUCAGAGGGCAGCAUUCCUACAGGGGGUUAUGUUUCUGGGAUGGCACCCUCCCGCCCGCGGUGGAAUAUCCAUGGACAUGUGUCUGAUGCCAGCAUCAAAGUUGGUGAGAAUGUGUGGGAUGUGGCUCCCUCCCGCCCACGGUGGAAUGUCCAUGGACACGUGUCUGAUGCCAGCAUCAAAGUCGGGGAGAAUGUGUGGGACGUGGCAUCUUCGCGCCCACGGUGGAACGUCCACGGACACGUGUCUGACGCCAGCAUCAAAGUCGGGGAGAACGUGUGGGAUGUGGCUCCCUCCCGCCCGCGGUGGAACAUCCACGGACACGUGUCUGAGUCCCACAUAGUGCUGGGUGCACUUUCUGGGGAAGGCCAGCCCAAUGCAGCGAGGCCCUGCAAGAGCCCUCCUGACCAUGUGUCGCAGUCUGGCCUCAGCCUGGGAGCACAGAGCCCUGUCUGGGAGCACGAGCCACAGCUGCCUGCAGAGACAGCCUCAGAUGGUGCCUGUGCUCAGGUGGCCGGCUCCGGGAGUGGGCAUGCGCGUGGGCCCCAGGCUCCGCUGUCUGCGGUGGCUGGGUCCGGGGAUCUGGGCGAUGGUAACCCUGAGGAGCCAGGAUCAGGGACAAGUGCAGACACUGACAGCCUCUCUCCAGGUCGCCCUAUAAGCUCACAGGAAGGUGCGGAGGCCCCCAGCAGCCCCAGCCUUGGCGAGGAGGAGGCUGCGGCCCAGCGCUGGGGGCAGGAGCAGGCCUACCUGACAGGCCUGGCAGAGCAGUACCGCCUGGAGCAGUACCCGGACAGCUACGAGGCCAUGUCAGAGCCUCCUGUCGCCCACCUGCUACACCACGGGCUGCCCCGGGCCUUCGCGCUCCCAGAGCACCCCCGGGGCCGGUCGGGUGCUGAUGAAACCGCGGUGCAGCUGAGCGAGCUGCUGCCCCUGCCGGUGCUCAUGAAGCACUCCAUCACCGCCCCGCUGGCUGCGCACGUCUCCCUGGUGAACAAGGCGGCUGUGGACUAUUUCUUCGGGGAGCUCCGCCUGGAGGCGCACUUCGAGGCGCUGCGGCACUUCCUGCUCAUGGAGGACGGAGAGUUCGCACAGUCCCUCAGCGACCUGCUGUUUGAGAAGCUGGGGGCGGGGCAGACGCCCGGGGAGCUGCUCAACCCGCUGGUGCUCAACUCUGUGCUGAGCAAGGCACUGCAGUACAGCCUGCACGGGGACACCCCCUAUGCCGCCAACCUGUCCUUCGCCCUCAAGUUCCUGCCUGAGGCGUUUGCUCCCAACGCCCCGGAUGUCCUGAGCUGCCUGGAGCUCAGGUACAAGGUGGACUGGCCCCUUAACAUCGUGGUCACCGAGGGCUGCCUGAGCAGGUACAGCGGCAUCUUCUCCUUCCUGCUGCAGCUGAAGCUGAUGAUGUGGACGCUCAAGGACAUCUGCUUCCACCUCAAGCGCACAGCUCUGGUGAGCCAGGCCGCCGGCUCCGUGCAGUUCCGCCAGCUGCAGUUGUUCAAGCACGAGAUGCAGCACUUUGUCAAGGUCACCCAGGGCUACAUCGCCAACCAGAUCCUGCACGUCACCUGGUGUGAGUUCCGUGCCCGGCUGGCGCAGGUGGGCGACCUGGAGGAGAUCCAGCGUGCACACGCCGAGUACCUGCACAAGGCGGUCUUCAGGGGCCUGCUGACAGAGAAAGCUGCGCCUGUUAUGAACGUCAUCCACAGCAUCUUCAGCCUUGUCCUCAAGUUCCGUAGUCAGCUCAUCUCGCAGCCCUGGGUCCCGGCCAGCGGCCCCCGGGGUGCUGAGCACCCCAACUUCGCCCUCAUGCAGCAGUCCUACAGCACCUUUAAGUACUACUCCCAUUUCCUCUUUAAAGUGGUGACCAAGCUGGUGAACCGAGGCUACCAGCCCCACCUGGAGGACUUCCUGCUGCGCAUCAACUUCAACAACUACUACCAGGACGCCUGAGGCCCCACCGCACAGCAGAUUCCGCCUCCCCCACACCACUCCUAUGUUGGGCUCUCUGCACGGGGCGGCGUCUCCUGGAGACAUGGCGCCCUGAGUUCGCGCCUGCAGCCUCACCUGUACUGUUGGAGCCAGUCAGCCCAGUGGCCCUG